AUGAAUAAGAGAAGUCUUGAAGGCCAGCGCGUCAAAAAGAACAAAGGCAUGCUUGAAAAAGAAGAAAUUGCCCAAUACGAUGAUGCUGGGAAUUUAAUAUCAGUUACCUACAAAUAUAAAAAUCCAGUCCUUUCUAUUUUUGAAGACGAUCUUUAUGCUGAGCUGUAUAACGCCCGCUGCCAUGACACAGGAGAACCAUUAGAUGCUGAUGGGGCACGUAAUUUCCGUGAAGACGUUUUAAAGCGAAAUGACCAAAAUACUGAAGUGAUAUGCAAUAUUUCCUUGAUUAUUUCUCUAUAUAAAUAAGAAUAUUUAUAUAAAAAAUCAUAUAAAAAUUAAAUAAAAAGAUCAUAAAUUUGAAUGGUAUGCGCCUGGGAAUUAACUCCAUCAUUUCUCUCGCUAACUCUUUAAUCUGCCGAAAAUUAACCAAGCUUAAUUUAGCUGAUAAUGCUAUAUCAGACUAUGGAAUGCACGCUGUAAAAAAUAUUUUGGAGUCAACUGAUAUUGAAAGGUGUGAAUUUCACCUUCCAAAAUUGGUUGAAACUUUUUGAUAGUGAGACAUUUGACUGAAAAAACCAUUAAAUAUCAACCAAAUAUCGCACAAAAAUUUUCGACCAAAUUUACUUCGAAAAAAUGUACACUAUCAAAAAUAAACUGUCAUUUGGCAUAGAACCGAUAUUGAGCAGCUGAAUUUAGCUUCAAAUAUGAUAUCUGGGGAUGGGCUGGAAAAUUUAGUCGAUGUCAUUAGUAAUCAUCCGACUCUAAAAGUCCUUAACUUAGGUCUACAAGAAGGAAGCAUGAGGAAAAACUCCUUGGGUUUGCAAGGAGCAACUUGUUUAGCAGCAAUUUUAUUAAAAAAUUCUUCUAUUGAUACACUUAUAUUGGAAGAUAAUGAUAUUGGCGCCAAUGGAGGAGAAUGUUUUGGAAUUGCGUUGACUCAGAAUAUGUCACUAAAAAACUUGAAAAUCUCAGAAAAUGAAUUAAGGACUGAAGGUGCGAUGUUUAUUAUUAAAAAUGCGAAUAAACUUGAAAGCUUAGAUUUAAGCAAAAAUUAUAAAAUAUUUAAUGAAUUCGACUGAUUAAUAGUAGAAUUAUUAUUUAUUUUUUCAAAUACUGAUAUGAUUAUCUACUACACUUAUAUUAGUAUACAUAACUGCUCAAGCGGGGCCGACUAUUGAAAAACUAAUCCUUUCCUCCAAAAAGCUCAAAAAAUUAGUUUUAGAAUAUAAUGAAUUACUUCCCUCAGGCGCAGAGUUCGUUGCAAAUGGUUUACGAAAAAAUACAACUCUUGUAUCUCUAAGAAAUAAAAUGGUGACGUUGACAGAAAUUGGCCCUGAGGUUCACUGUUGUAGAGCAGGUCGGGCCCAUCUUGAUAAAAGCUGAAAACAAGUCUCUAUUCUUUUUGAAGUAGGACUUCAGGUUGGGGAAGCCUUGCUGAAGAGGGAAGUUUUAUUUCUCCCCGAAGAUUAUACGGUUUUGCCUUUCAUAUAGUAUUUUUCUAUCGGGACUAUCGGGGCACCCUACAGUGGGUGACUCUAAUCUAGGUAGCUGAUUCUUAGGUUAGGUAAGACUCGCCAGAAAAUUCACGAGGGCGAAAUUUUGGUUGGGCCUUCCACCAUUUGUACUCUAGUGAAUACGCACACCCAGCGUAGGGCACCUUUUCUGGAGUCAAGGUAGCCCCGCUAGUGGGAGUCCCGAUAUUUUCAUUUAAAUCUUAAUCUAACCAUGCAUCUCUAAAUUUAAAAGGCAACAUCCUCGGAGAUGAUGGAAUUUUCCAUCUCGUAGAAACUCUCAGAACCAAUCGUACAAUAAGAGAACUAAACAUCGCCCUCAAUGAAAUCGGUCCCUUAGGUGCUUCAGCUGUCGCUCAAAUGUUACCACAAACCAAAAUCCGUUCCUUAAAUAUGAGCAAAAAUUAUUUGGGCGAUGAAGCUGCUAUUGCAUUUUCCAAUAUUUUAAGCUCCCCUGAUUAUCCUUGCAAAAUUGAAAAUCUAAACUUAGGGUCCUGCAGAAUUGGUGACCGAGGUGUCGAGACUUUUUUUACUUCAAUUGUCAACAACAAAUAUUUAACUCAACUAAAUUUUUCUGACAAUUUUAUAUCAGAAAAACUAGAAGGACUCCUCCUUGAAUGCCUCGACGCUAAUUAUUUCCUCUGCAAAGUCCUUUUAGCUGGCAACAGACUCAGCCACGCCUGUAUUUCUCGAAUAAAAAAAAUUUGUGAAAGAAACAAAAGGGAACGUGAAAACGCUGAGCCAAAUCGUCUUAAAAAUGAACAAUAUAGGCUUGAAUAUGAACGAAGAAAACUCGCAGAAGCCGAAGAUCUGCUACACAAGCAAAUUAGUGAGGUAGACAAAGUAAAAGAGCUUAGAGAAGACGUGAUGACACAAAUAGAAGUUUUAAGAGAAAAUGAAAAAGCUAAAAGAGAACUAGAACGACAAAAAAUCCAAGAAGAACAGACUAUGAUCGCUGACAAAGAAAACAGAAUUGCAAAGGCAAAAAUGGAAUUAGAGGCGAUGAAAAAUAAAUAUAGGAAAACUAUUGAAGAAAUGAAGCAAGAAUAUGAAGAAAAAUUGGCGAAAAAAGAACAGAUUCAACAGGAAAUUAAACAGCUAGAAGAAGAAAAUAGGGAUUUAGAAACGGAUAUGCCAGAAAUUAUUAGAGAGUUGCAGGAGAAGAUACAAGCGACGAGGAAAGAAACUAAUGCAAUUGAAGAAGAAACAAGACUGGUGAGGGAGGAAAUGAAUAAGGUAGAACAAGAAUUGAAUGUCUUGAGAGCUUCGAGGCCCCCAGAAACUAAUGUGCAGCCUGAGCCGGCAAGUGCAGCGAAAGAGCCAGCAAAAGCAAAAAAGAAAGGAAAAAGUAAAAAAUAA